CCCUUUUUUCUUGGGGAUGACUAAAGCCUGGCGUCCAGCUGGGACCCAGGCUAUUUCAGGUGACGCCUGCCUUUGAGAAAUGACCCAGGAGGACUGGGCCCUGUGGCUGCCUUCAGCUUUGCUGCUUCUCUGGGUCCCAGAUGGGUGUGUGGGCUGUGAGAUGCUACCGGCUAUCGUCAGACCUGCGGUGGCCUCUCUGGGGAGAACAGCGUGCUCAGAGGAAGGGCUUCUUAUAUUUCUGGCCUGUCCGGGUGUGGAGCCUGGACUCGGCUUGUGUUUUCCAGGCUGCCUGAUGCUGAGUGGCCCCAGCACCGUGACGGGCAUCGUGGGGGAAUCUCUGAGCGUGCAAUGUCGGUAUGAGGAGAAAUUCAAGGAAAGCAACAAAUAUUGGUGCAGAGAACCAGCUUUGAGACCAUGUUACAAGAUUGUGGAGACCAGUGGGUCAGAGAGAGAGAAGAGGAGGCGCCGAGUGUCCAUCAGUGACCAUCCUGCCCAGCUUAGCUUCACAGUGACCAUGACGAACCUCACAGUGGAGGACGCAGGCAAAUACUGGUGUGGGAUCGAUAUAACAUGGCUCAGAGAUGCACUGCUUCCAUUUGAUCCCACCUUCCAGGUGGUGGUGUCUGUGUCCCCAGCUGAGCCCCACCCCCACACCAGCACCAGGACUGCCGGAACAAGCUCAGCACCAGCACGAAUGUCAAGCACACCUACAAGUACCACAACUUCCACAACCACAACUGUGCUGUUCACAAGGCUUGCCACAGCGGGUGCCACCCACAGCAGGAGCAGCCAGGAGAAGUCCAGCCAGAGCCAGGGCCCAGGGAUCCUGGUGCUGCUGUCCUUGCUGGCGGUCCUGCUGCUUCUGUUGGUGGGGGCCUCACUCCUGGUCUGGAGAAUGGUGCGGAGACAGGUAAAAGUUGCUGAGAAUGCAGAGCUGUCCCAGAACUCCAGUUGGCCCCAGCCCCAGCCUUUCCAGCCAAGUGAGCCCUGCUAUGAGAACCUGGAGCUGCAGACGCACCCCCCAGAGGGCACCCUUAAGCAGCGAGACAUGGAGGUGGAAUACAGCUUAGUGGCAGUCCCCAGGGCAGAGCCUUAUUAUGCCUCGGUGACAUUUGUGUGCCAGAGUCAGGAUUCUGAGGCCACCAGUAUGCCCCCCAAGAGGCCCCAAGAAGAGCCAGAGUACAGCGUGAUAAAGAAGACAUAGGCCUGCAUCUCAGGCCUCAUCGUCUGGGGGCUUCCUCAGGCCAUGAGAAGACCAGGGAUGGCCCCGUUAGCUCUCACCAUGCCCCCCAGCCUGCUCUCUCAAUGGUGACCAACAGGGCAGCUGGGCUCCCUGUGGGCUGUCCCUCUUGCGUCAUCAGCCUGGCUGGCUUCACAGGAGAGACUAGCAGGAGUAGGAGCUCUGGGGGAUGUGGAGGGCACCGUCCCAUUCCCCUGGCUCUAGUUUUCCCAUCUUUCUUCUUUUCCUGUGCUUCAUUCCAGCUGUGUAUAUGGUGGACAGGAACUCCUUAGUCCUGUGGCUCCAAGAAAAGAUGUGACUCACAUAGGCUGGUACCUGCACAUCUCUUUAUAAAUUGUAACUGGCUGGCCAGUUGCCAUUGAGUCAAUUCCAACUCAUGGCAACUCCAUGUGUGUCAGAAUAGAACUAUGUCCAAUAGGGUUUUCAAUGACUGAUUUUUUGGAAGUAGAUCACUAGGCCUUUCUUCCGAGACAGCUCUGGGUGGAGUCAAACCACCAACUUUUCAGUUAGCGGUGAGUACGUUAACCAUUCCUACCACCCAGGGGUUCCUUUAUAAUCACAGCCUCAUAGAAGUGUCUGGGAUUGCUUGAGAGUGAGGAGAACUAGAAGAGCAGCAAAGAAGAUGCAAAAGAAGAGAUUUGUUCACGUAUGGAGGAGCCUGGGUGAGCCCCAAAGACCUUCAUCUACAGACAAGGAAACUUGCCCAUGGUUCCAGAAUCAGUGGCAAAUUCCUCUGGACCCUUAGAUAGGUUUAUUUUUAGUAUAAGAGAUAAAAAUUAAUUUUUAAAAUGUCUUAUCAAGAGAGAAGAGUUAUUUAAAUAAUUCCACAUGUCUGUGAUCCUAUAAUAAAUAAAUUCCUGGUUUUGAUGUCAAAUAAGCACAAAGAAGCUUUGAGGAUCCAGGGGGCUGGGGACGUCCUGAAUGAUGUCAUGGGUAGGUGGAAGAGGGACAGUCACAGCUGCUUCUCUUCACGCUGGAAGACACGGGCAGAGAUUUUAUGUUUGGUGGGAACAGCUACCUGAGCUUCCCUAAGCCUGCUGCUCCCCCAGCAGCUCCAUGGAAAAUCACGUUCACCACCAUCUUGGCUGUGAAAUGUCUGUGACUUUCUUUCACGUCUUAACCAUGUUUUGACCUUCUAUUCCAAGUAAACACCAGUUAACAGCAAAGAAUGUAUUCUACGUAAGUCAAGGGUCUUUGACCCCUGGUAUUACAACCAAAUUGUGAUUUUGAGCUGUUUUCUCUGGGACUUGGGCCCACAGCUUGCAGAAGAUUUUUCAAGAGGUAGGGGGGCCCCAUAAAUGUGGAGACAUUGUUAUUGUUGGUGUCUUCUUCAGGUAUUUAAUGUGUGUUUGCACAUGUGUGCCAUCCCAAAGGCUCUCUCCCUCUUUUUAUUAAUGUUCUGAAAUGCAGAAGGGGAAAUGCAGGGGCACACACAGCACACAUCUGCAUAUGUGCAAACAUACGAUGGCUCAGUGUGGGUCAACACUCAGGCACAGCCACCGUAAAAUGGAAUAAUGAAAUGGACUGUCUCACAAAGUAGUGACCCACCCAUUCCUGGAAGAGUUCAAGCAGAGGCUGGGGAAUCCUUUGGGGGAGAAGAUGGAGAAGAGAUCACAACAUACAACACAUACCACAUAAAACACACACAUACAUGUCAUACUACACAACAUACAAUACACACACACACAACACAUAUACACGCAGAGCCAGGUCCAGCUGAGGGGAGGGGCCAGGAGGGACUGGGUGUCAUCAGCAGGUCAGUGGAUGCUUCCAGCUCUGCUCUGGGGCCUGGCAGAGCUGGCUGCUGGGGCCUGGAUAAGGACCCCUUUCUCCCACCAGAAGGAAAGCAGUGGGCAGCUGUCCUCUUUGUUCACAACCUCACGCAGGCCAAUGGGACUCUGCUCCUCUAAGGAGGAAGUGGGGGAAUGUGUGACCCCAAAUGACAGAUGGAGGGUAGGGCCCCGAAGCCUUGCAGGCACUAAUUCUGUGCACUCUGGGCGACAGAAUAUUUUAUAUGCAAAAGAGGGAUAUAGAAUAGAGGAGGAGUGAAGGGGUGGUAGGUGGGGGAAGACCUGCCUUCUGACUCAUUUCUGACUCAUUCCUGGAAAGGCCCAGUCCCCAACCACCCAACCAUAACAUAGCUUUUCCUCUCCUAAAGCUGCAGCCCCUUUUUCUCCUUCCCGGGAAACAGGGAGGAGAGCUAAGUUGAAGCCCAUUAUCACUUGAGAAGCAGUGUUUCCUGAUAAAUCUAGAGGACUUAGUAACUAAGUCUUAUUAUUUUCUGCCACAAUUAUGUGCUUAGCUCUUGAACCUAGAAGGGUAUGAUGAAUUAUAUAAAACUUGAGCUGUAAGGAGCUUGUACUUCCAAGAGCCUUCUGACUGCAAAAAGCAGGUUACCAUUGUCCUGACCUGAGGAUGCUGAGCUGAGAAACUGAGGAGAGGAGGCAAGAAUCAACUUCUCAAGGCUGCUUGAGGGUAGGGAGCUUAUGCUCACAGAGGCCAAGGCCCAAGGAUCCAGGAAGGAAUAAGAUGAGCCAGACAACAGAGGGUGGUUCCAGCAAAGCUUUUGUGGCAGACAUUUUGGUCGCCUCUUACCCAACCUCCACUCCUUCAAGAUGGAGCCAGCAUCAUUUCUAAGUGUUCACCCUUCACCAUAUGACCCAGGGAAGAUGGUCCUCUCUCCAUCCACAGGGUGGUACUAUCACCUUGUCAGUGUCUGGUUUAAGGGUGGUCAUCUGAGCCUGAGUCAGUCAAUAAUGGGAGAUCUUCUCGGGGGGAACUCUGAGGAGGUUUUCCUAGAAGUCACUGUGUAUGUGUGUGAUCAUUGUCUGCUGCAGACAUCUUGGGACUCAGGAGAACAACAAGCCUUAGUGUGAAGAUGAUGUUGAAAUAAUGAAUGAUGCAGAAAGCAGGCAGGAACUUGUGUCAACAACCCCGGGGCGUUCCCAAACACCAAACAAACCAACUAAAAACCCAAAGUGAGUAGUUAUACUGCAGGGCUUCAAACCCCAGUUAGUUCUGGUUCGAACCGCUGCUGAGAAUUUGCAUUUCUUACCCCUAGAUAUACUGAGUCAGAAUCCACAUUUUAACAAGAUCCUCAAAUGAUUCCUACACAUAGUAAAUUUUGAGAACCACUGCUUUACUAGUGGUUCUCAGAACAGGUCCCUAACCAGCAGCAUUUGCAUCGCCUGAGAACUUGUUAGAAAUAUUUGAAGCCCUGUUAUGGUGAAAUUAGAGAGAUAAGCCAAUGAGGAAGCUGUGGCUACCCUGGGGCUACCCUGGGGCCAGAUGCAAUUAGAAAGAGGCUAAUGUUUGGGGAUGAACUGCAGAGCUUGAGGGAGCAAAAGGCUUGGGCCCAUUCAAAGUGGAGAGCUGUACCUGAGAUACCCACAUAAGGCCAGAAGACUUAAAGUGUCUACACCCUUGGCAGACUGGGAAUUAUCUACUUGAUAGCAAAAGGGAAAUCAUUGAAAAAACAAAAACAAACAAACAAAAAACACAUACAUGCGCACACACACAACAAAAAACAA